UAUUUACUGGAACAUUGGCCAAUGGAUGUCUAGUGUAAAUGAAAAGAGAAGUUGCCAAAAUUUGGGGAGAUAUCUGAGUAGAUUUGGUUUCCUUGUGAAAGACAAGGGGUAGGAUAGGCAUAUAAAUAGGGGUCUCUGAUUUGCCUUGGCAGACUUACCCUGGACCUAAGAGGAAGAAGAAUGGAGAAUACCUGGAGAGUCCUGCUGCUGCUGGGCCUGGCUACAGUAGUCUCAGCUACACCUAGAAGGGUGUUCACCUACAAGGAAGCUGCAGUCCUGGCUUCAAGGAAUUUUAAUCGGGGCUCAAAUGAAGGAAGAAAGUAUCGUGUUGUGGAGGCCAGUCUUUCUACUCCUGACUCACCACUCGAGCUGCCAUUGACUUUCAGAAUUAAGGAAACUGAGUGUCCUUCAACCGAACGUCAGGAUCCAGAAACCUGUGCCUUCCGAGAGAAUGGAGCGGAGAAGCAAUGUACAGCAAACUUCACCAAGCUAUCACGUUUUGGGCUCCGUUCCCUCAACUGUGUGGACAUCGUCAAUGACAAUAAUCAGCCGACUCGUUUUUAAAGAGCUUCAUCAAAUGAAUUCAUUGACACCAGCUCUCUUCCACCCCGUAUCAAACAGAUCUUUGACCAGGCCAGAUAUGACCUAAUAUCUAGAAUAUUGAGUAACUUCUGAAGAAAAGAACUAGAGGGGAGCCAAUGAAAUGGAGAACUUUGGUGAACAUAAAAAGCUGUACUUUUAUCCUGAUCCUUCCCUGCUGUGGUUGGAAAUAAACUAAAGUUGCAAUCAAAA